UUUAUUUAUUUAUUUAUUUUUAAAACUUAUCGGAAAAUUGGGGAAUGGGGAAAGGAGGCGGAUGCGUUCCGAGCAAGAAGAAGAAGCCGUCGUCUCUCGCCACCACCGGAGAUGAUCUCGGAACCGAGUACGAAGACGCCGCCAACGCUCCUCUCCCAAUCGAGGACGAUCAGACGACGCCGGCGGAGAUCACGGCGGCCAUAUCGCCGCUGAAGAUAUUCGUGGUGUUCUACUCGAUGUACGGACACGUGGAGAGCUUGGCGAGGAGGAUGAAGAAGGGAGUGGAGGGCGUGGAAGGAGUGGAGGCGAGGCUGUACAGAGUGCCGGAGACGCUUUCCGAGGAGGUUGUCGUCGAGAAGAUGAAGGCGCCGGCUAAAGAUUCGGAGAUACCGGAGAUAACGGCGGAGGAGUUGGCGGAGGGUGAUGGGUUUCUGUUUGGGUUUCCGACGAGGUACGGGUGUAUGGCGGCGCAGAUGAAGGCGUUCUUUGACUCGACGGGGCGGUUGUGGAAGGAGCAGACGCUCGCGGGGAAGCCUGCUGGGUUCUUCGUUAGUACGGGGACUCAGGGAGGUGGCCAAGAGACCACUGCAUGGACAGCAAUCACACAACUCGUGCACCACGGGAUGCUAUUUGUCCCCAUAGGCUACACAUUCGGAGCAGGAAUGUUCAAGAUGGAUUCGAUCCGCGGAGGGUCACCUUAUGGAGCCGGUGUGUUCGCUGGCGAUGGGUCAAGAGAAGCAACAGAAACAGAACUAGCUCUUGCUGAACAUCAAGGAAACUAUAUGGCUACAAUAGUCAAGAGACUUGCACAACCUUAAAACAAAAACAAAAAGUCCCAUGAUUAUACUUCUUUAUUUUUCCUCUUUUAUUCAAUUUCUCCAUCAUAUAAAAAAAUCUUGCUUUAUCAUCAUUAUUGUCUCUUGUGAUUCUUUUAUGUGUUCUUUUAUCACAAACAAAUAUAUAAAGAAUAUACCGUAUAUGUAAAUUUUAAAUUGCUGUUA